UUGCCCCUGAGCCGGAACGAACGGCUGGCCCCUACCGCCCGCAGAGUGUACGACCUGGUGCGCCGCCGCUUUGCCUGCCAGUUCGACGACGCCCAGAGCAUCGGGCGACGCUACCGUCGCCAGGACGAAAUCGGCACACCCUAUUGCGUUACGGUCGACUUCGACACCAUCGACGACCAGGCGGUGACCAUCCGCGAUCGCGACACGAUGGCCCAACAACGGGUGCCCGUCAGUCGAUUGCUGGAGGUCCUGCACGACCGAUUCGAACAUGGUUGGUAA